AUGGUUGAAGCGAGUGUACGUGUUUUUCAGGGCGGAGUGUCUGCCGAGUGGGUCAGCAGUAGUGGGGGCGGGAUUUAUUGUGUAGGCUUUUCUUUUGUUAGUGAUGUGUUUUAUAAAAAUGUUUUAUUCUUUGACUAUCUAUCUAUCUAUCUCGAUCUUUUCGCAUAUAUUUACUGUCUAUAUAUAUUAUUAAAUCUAUCUAUCUAUCUAUGUAUUUCAGUCUCUUCAUUAUCUAUCUAUCUAUUUCAGUAUCUUCUCUAUCUAUCUAUCUAUCUAUCUAUCUAUCUAUCUAUCUAUUUCAGUCUCUUCAUUAUCUAUCUAUCUAUCUAUCUAUCUAUCUAUCUAUUUCAGUCUCUUCAUUAUCUAUCUAUCUAUUUCAGUCUCUUCAUUAUCUAUCUAUCUAUCUAUCUAUCUAUCUAUCUAUCUAUUUCAGUCUCUUCAUUAUCUAUCUAUCUAUCUAUCUAUCUAUCUAUCUAUCUAUCUAUCUAUUUCAGUAUCUUCCUUAUCUAUCUAUUUAUUUAUCUAUCUAUCGAAUUAAGUUUCUAUCUAUCUAUCUAUCUAUCUAUCUAUCUAUCUAUCUAUCUAUCUAUCUAUCUAUCUAUUUCAGUUUUUCAUUAUCUAUCUCGAUCAUUUCGCAUAUAUUUACUGCCUAUAUAUAUUAUUAAAUCUAUCUAUCUAUCUAUCUAUCAUUUCUAUCUUUUUCAUUUUUCAUUAUUUCUAUCUAUCUAUCUAUCUAUCCAUCUAUCUAUCUAUCUAUCUAUAAGUGCUUCCCGAUCUAACGUCGGCAUAAAGUACACAGCAGGCCGGCCAUUUCUUGAUCACUCUAACCGACUCUCGCUCUCACCGCCGCUGGGACCUUCUUCUGAUGCUGUCCGCUUCGGUCAUCUCCCUAUCGAACAGUGGAGAGCAGCUUCCCGUCUUCGUUUCGCCAAUCGGAUAUACCGACCAACUCUCGGAUGUCGACCGCUGUCAUCAUGUCAGCGAGCUUGA